GCCGUCGCCGCGGGUCCUGGAGAAGCGGCCGCGGUCGGGGAACGGGGCUUCGCGGUUCCAACGAUUAACUGCUGAAGUACUGAUCGAGUUCUGCGUUUCUUCAAUGAGGAACUACAGGCUGAUCUUCUGCCAUAAUCUCAAACAGCCAUAAAUGACAAAAGAAUGCUUGCUCAGUGAGGGUAGCUGGUGCAGAAGCCAUUUUUUAAACUUAGGUGUUUAAGUACUCAAAGAAAAGACAGCUUUGAUUUCUGGCUGCAAAAAAGAUAUGAGGAAGAGCUCCUCCCCUUCCUUGAGUAACUGCAACUCCGUUCUUGCUAACAAAAUAUUUGGAAUUCCACUUGAUGAGCUGCAGCAGGGAGGACAUCCAGACAAUGAGGUUCCAUUCAUAGUCCGCCACGUUGUGGACUAUAUUGAGGAACAUGGAGGUCUGGAGCAACAAGGACUUUUUCAAGUCAAUGGAAAUGCUGAGACAGUGGAGUGGCUUCGGCAGAGAUACGACAGUGGAGAAGAAGUGGAUUUGGUUAAGGAAGCAGAUGUUCCCUCAGCUAUUAGUCUUCUUAGGUUUUUCCUUCAAGAACUUCCUGAACCUGUUAUUCCUGGCAGUUUGUAUAUUCACUUAAUGCAGCUUUCUCAAGAUUAUAAUAAUGAAGAUGAAUUUGGAAGAAAGUUGAGGUUCCUCUUGCAGCAGCUUCCACCUGUUAAUUACAGUUUGUUAAAGUUUCUGUGUAGAUUUUUAGCCAAUGUAGCAUCACAUCAUGAAGAAAUUUGGUCUGCAAAUUCUUUGGCUGCUGUCUUUGGUCCAGAUGUCUUCCAUAUUUACACAGAUGUGGAAGAUAUGAAAGAGCAAGAAAUAGUGAGCAGGAUAAUGGCUGGGCUUCUGGAAAAUUACUAUGAGUUUUUUGAGAAUGAAGAGGAAGAUUUUUCAUCUAAUGAUUUGAGUUCGAUUACUGAACAGGUUAAUGAACUUUCUGAGGAGGAAGAGGAAGAUGAAAAGCUGGAACAUAUAGAAGAACUUCCACAAGAGGGUGCAGAAAAAUCAAACGAUAUGCCACAGGUGGUACAGUUGAGGAUGACUGAAAAUAUCCUGGAAACAAAUAGUGUUGCAGCAACAAGUGCCCAUAUAUCUCCCAUCAGCAUCUUACCAGCCUCUGCAGACAUUUUAGAAAGAACAAUUAGAGCAGCUGUGGAACAGCACCUUUUUGAUCUGCAGAGCAGCAUUGAUCAUGAUCUUAAGAAUUUACAGCAGCAAAGUCUGGCAUGUAAUAAUGAAGUAGGAAGUAUAAAUUGUGAUGGGAAAGGAUCUAAUAACCAGGUUGAUAUUGCUGCUGAUAUUAUUAAUGCUGGUGAAAGUAACAGAUACUGUUCAGAACCUGUGGCUAGUGCUAAUUUAGACAGUGAAGUAAUGCAGCAAGAUUUUAUAUUCGAAGAUGAAGAAAAUAACCAG